AUGGUACCACGAUUUUUUGUAUCAGCGCGUUUACGUAGUUCAUUAAAAGGAUGCUUCGCUGGAUGUUUUGUCUUUGUUGGUGCAAACAUCUAUUUCGGUAGUGAACGUUUUUAUGAAGAAUACAUCAUGCCAACGUUGCGAUAUAUCGACGCAGAAAAAGUUCAUAAUUUAUCAAUUCAAAUGGCUAAAUAUGGACUUGUUCCACGAAUGAAAUCGAUUGAUGAUCCUAUUCUGCAUUCAACCGUAUGGAAUCGUCAAUUCAAAAAUCCCAUUGGUCUUGCAGCAGGUUUCGAUAAGAAUGGCGAAGCCAUUGAUGGGUUAGGUAAAUUUGGAUUUGGCUUUAUUGAAAUUGGAACAAUAACCCCACAACCACAGCCGGGCAAUGAAAAGCCUCGAGUGUUUCGUCUUACUGAAGAUCGAGCGGUCAUAAAUCGGUAUGAACAAAACAACACAGCUAACGAAUUUCCUGUUCAUGUCUAA